UACCCUUGUUGAGGGUGAGGAGGACAUUGAGGAAGAAAGGGAAGAUGACGAUGGUGAUGAUGCUUAGAAGGUCGAUGAGGAACAAAGCGAAGAGCAACAAUGGAGAGAACCCGCUAGUGAGCACGACACAGGCACAGACGGUAACACUCGCGCAUUGUCAACGCCACGAUGUGCUCGCCGCACUGCCGUCAUCGACAUCGAUUAACACGCUGUUGAGAUGUGCACGCGUGACCUCUUUCCCCAUCCUUCGAUUUGGACGCAUAGCAUCCACCUUCUCCUUCCUCCUGUCAUUGUCAGCGUCUCUUGACAUGUCGAACCUUACGCCCCCGCAACCGCCUCCGACAUGGCAACACAAGCCUGAUGAGGUGCUCGAGCUGUCGAAGAAGACGAUUGACCAUACCAAGGAGGUGUAUGGUGAACUUGCUACGGCAGAGGCUGAAAUCCAGGUCCUCGAUCCAGUUCACUUCUACUGGAGCGUCUCGACAUCCAAGGAGCUCCGUAAUGCAUCAAAUCAGACGGAUACCCUCAUCAGAAACUUCCUUGUGGAGUGCGAGAUGCGUGUGGAUGUAUUCAUUGCAAAGAAGAAUGCGGACGCCAAUAUCGAAUCCCAGGGUGUGAACCUCAGCGCAGAGGAACGUAGGCUUGGGGAGAAGAUGAAACUAGACGGCAAACGCGCAGGUCUUGAUCUCCCGGAAGGCAAACGGAAGGUUUUGGAGUUGAACCGACUUUGUGUGGGAUUCAGUUUGGUGUAUACAGAACCGGUCCCUUCUGGAGACGUAUUGUUGACCGUCGAGGACCUAGACCUCUUCUUGCUUGUCGGAUACUCCAGAAUAUGCUAUUUCUACAAUAAUCCAGACCACGCGGGAGCUAAUGCAGAUGCUGAGAGGAUCUCGAAUUUUGCGUUUGCGGUCAUGACCCUCUGCUUAUUCUUUGCAGGGGCAGGUGGAAACGGUGGAUUUACCAGCACUGUUUAUGCAAGCGCAAAGUCAUGCCCUGAUAUGAUGAGGGCAUCUGCGAUGAGGCUGGUCAUAUCUGGUUUCGGUCUCUCGGCGUUCUUUUUCUCCGGCCUUGCGAGGAUUCUAUACCCAGAUGAUACGUCGUCGUUCCCAUUGGUACUCGCUUUUGGCACGCCUUGUCCAAUGAUUCCGGGCCUUUUCUUCGUGCGGACGAUACCCCUACCCUCUGACAGUGACGACUCUCCCGAUUCGACUCCAACUCCGGUCCCCUGCCAAACGACGCUGCCUGCGACACAUCGCCAUGCUUACCAUCAUCAGCACCGUUCGAAUCAGGACGACGAAUAUGCGCACCAGAACCUCGGUUCACCUGCCCCGCGUCGGCAUUCUGUUGAGUACGCCGUACCUUCGCCGCCUGGUGGACAACGAGUCCAAAUUUCCGUCAAGAUUGAUGAUGUGCUGGACAGCGGAGACAUCGCGCAGCAAAUCACAGCCAUUUUCCGACGCGUCCUCCCAGCCAUCCGCAUCGCAUCUAAGGCGUUUUGGAACGGGUGUGUAUCUUUCCUGACGUCACUGAAUGUCUCGUUUCCUCGCGCGAGGUUGCCUGAGUUGAAGAGCCCGCUCGAUGAGGAUGUGGAACUGAGUGGUUUCUCGCCAAUCCAACGGAAUUUGUUCGUUCGUCCGCCCUUGAAAGCCGACGAGCUGGCUUCUGAGGCUCGUGUGGCUCACCCUAAUGAAGAAUAUCUUAUGCGAAUAUCGGAUAUCCUGAAAAAGGCAGAACAGAUUGCUACAAUCGAGUUCACACUGUCUGGGCAACCUUCUGCCGCUAAUGAACCCGCACGAGUUGCAACACCUGUCGUUGCCGCGCCCAGGUCUCCAUCAGAACCGAUUCAGCCCACUCGGGAUGAUCCUGAGAAUGGCGAGGAUAAUGACGAUAUAACGCAGACGUUGCGUACAGAUGAUGAGGUGCUCCGUGACACGUUCGAUGAGGCUCUCAAGGGUGUAGCGGAUGUUGGCAGUGACUUCGAUGAAGAGGAAGUUGAGAAAAUAGCUGCUGCUUUCUAG